AGACGGGCAAGAGUAAUGUAAAAAUACAUUUGUUUCCAGGUCAUUUUCAUUGCUUUUUUGGCCAAUUGCCGCCUCCUCUCCACGCAAAUCCAACGUACUCUGUCUACGCAGUUGCAUCGCUGCCUUUGUUCUGUCAUUUCUGCCCUGUCAAGCUUGCACUACAUACAUCACCUACCUUCCACUCAGCUGCUGAGAUGGUUUCUGCCGAAGCAAUUCUGGCUACGUGCGUCUUCCUCGUAGACGUCCCAUUGAUGCUCGUUCAAUUCUGGGUUUUCUACCACCACAGCCACUCACGCGAACCGUUGUACAUAUGGCUUGGUUGUCUUUUCGUAGCCAUAGGGACGGAGGCCACGCCUCUCGGUUUGCUAUGGUAUGAACUUGAAUCAGGCGGAGAAGUGGGACUCCCAGUCGGGGUGCUAGCAGAACUCGUCAUCUUGGUGGCCUUGUGGUGGAGGAUCUUGACCGAGGGACUAUAUUAUCAUUUCCAUUUCUGUGCGCAAAAGGCACUUGAUCAAUGGAUUGUGAGGUUCAGUUGCAUUAUCAGCUUGAUAUGCGUCUCUGUCAGCUUGAUAUUGGUCAUGGCCAGCCAGUUGUCUAAUGCCCGAUAUUGCCUCGCUAUCGGAUGCACCAUUAAUCGGCUGUCAGUCAUAUCAGUGUACAAUAGCUUUGCAUGCCAGACCAUGAAGAAAGAACUCCCUUACCACAGGAGCAUUCAUUCGGUUAUUUUUAUUCUGUCCUGUUUCUUCGGAUCCCCUCUCUUCGACUUGGUUCAUCAGACAUCCUCUGCAUCAUUUCUUUGAUUGUUAAUGGUGCGUACACCUUUUUAAGAUAUCAGCGUCUUGAGACAUCAGCUGGCGAUGCUGCCUCUGCAUCAGGCACUGGGGCGUACCCAGGAAGCCAGGAUGAGUUGGUGGGCCCGCAGUCCGUAGGCAGUGAGAUGCCUAGGUCAGUGAGACCAGCGAGGUCAAUGGUGAGUCUGGAGCUUGAGAGGUUGGAUCGUAUAGUGUGAAGCAGGCGAUUGGGACACCGGAAUCACAGCACGAACUGACGUGGGAAAUUUUCACACACUCAUCUGCGCUGGAUGAGCAGAUUUGAUCAGUUCUUUCUCCCAUAUUUAUAGAAUCAAUAUAACCCGAACUUGUCA